AUGUUUGUUCCUUUGCCGGUGCCGUUGGUGUUUCAGAGAACCGCUCCUGAUUUCAGCGCCUGGCGACUCAAGUCUCCGCUGCCUCUGCGCUCCGGUAACUCCGAUAUCAGGAUGUCUAAAGCCGUCGAGGACGACAAGAUGGGAACUGAGCUUCCAGUGGACAGUACAGACUCUGAGAGGAACAGUCCAGAGGCCAGCGAUCAGACCCAGCCGAUGAAAACAAGUCCUUUCUGCCUGUCUCCCGCACCCAGCAACACAAAGGUGAAAGCCGAGGAGGCCGCUGCGAUGACCAGUGUUCACGCUCCUCCACCUCCUCCAGCUCAGCCGGCUCUGCCACACACACAACUCAUGCUGGCAGGCAGUCAGCUCGCAGGGCUGGCCGCUCUCCUUCCUGCACAUCAGCAGCUGUUGUUGCAGCAGGCUCAAGCGCAGCUGUUAGCCGCAGCCAUGCAGCAGUCGAACGCCGCGCAUGCCGCCCACGCAGCCGCGGCGGCCAAUCAGCAGCAGCAGACACAGCAGCAGCAGGCCAAUCAGGCAGCAGCACAAGCCCAGUCUCAAGCCAAACCUGAACAAGCUCCGCCUCCACUUCUGUCACAGCCUAUCCAGCUCACUGCCCAGCAUCAUCUUGACGACAGGCUGUGGUCAUUGCAGAGGGAGAAGAGCAUGGAGAGCGCCGUGAGCUCCGCCCCCUCCUCAGCCCCGCCCACAGUGACCGCUCACCCCGAAGAGCCCAGCGAUCUGGAGGAGCUCGAACAGUUUGCCAGAACCUUCAAACAGAGGAGAAUUAAACUGGGCUUCACACAGGGGGACGUAGGUAUGGCCAUGGGUAAACUCUACGGCAAUGACUUCAGUCAGACCACCAUCUCACGCUUCGAGGCUCUCAACCUCAGCUUCAAGAACAUGUGCAAGCUCAAACCCUUGCUGGAGAAAUGGCUGAACGACGCAGAAACCAUGGCCAUAGACAACAUGCUGCCGAGCCCCAAUUCGCUGUCCUCACCUCUGCUGGGCUUCGAAGGCUUGCCUGGACGCCGCCGAAAGAAACGCACCAGCAUCGAGACCAACGUCCGCAUAGCCCUGGAGCGCAACUUCAUCUCGAACCAGAAGCCUACCUCUGAAGGAAUCCUGCUGAUGGCCGAGCAGCUCAACAUGGAGAAAGAGGUCAUCCGAGUCUGGUUCUGCAACCGGCGGCAGAAAGAGAAGCGUAUAAACCCCAGCAGCGCCACCCCUCCUCUGCCCAAUCAGCCUCCGGCGCAGAUGCACAAAACGCCCUGCUACAGCCCGCACAUGAUGUCCAGUCAGGGACUGGCUCUGGCCGCAACCAGUCUCAGCACAACAGCCGUCAGUCCCACACCUUCUGUGGCCUGCCCUCUCAACCUCAGUGGACAUGCAGCAAUGAGCUCCGCCCCUUCCUCCGUGACUCCGCCUCCUCUCAGCACAGUCAGCCCCACUCCACCCAGUCUCAGCAGCCCUGGCCUGAACACAGGGAGCACAAUGAUGGGUGUAAGCACAGGAAUGAACCAGGCCUUCAUCAGCAGCAACACUCUAGCCACAAUGCAAGCCCUGGCUGCCAGUGGUGGCCAGAUGCACAUUUCCACUCUUGAGGGCAGCGGUCAAAUGUUCCUGGGUGGAGCUGGAGGUCCAGGAGCUGGACUUCGCCCGUCCCUCUUCCUAAACCGCCCCACUUUACUGCCCCUGGCCAGGAGCGCAGGCAUGGGUCUGGUCGGCACCCCCCGGGCUUCUCCGCCUCCUGGCGCCAGUGGCACAAGCCCAGACUCCUGCUCCGUCUCCCCCUGCUCAAGCCCCGCCUCUUUCUGCUCAUUAGGCGAUGCCUCGCCGCCCCCUCUGGGCGGAGCCAUGGCUGAGUGACGCCCACACCAACCUGCUGCACCUGAGGGGAGUCAGAGGGGAAGAAGAAAGAAGACAGACAAGACUCGCCUUUUCAACCAAAGCCAUCUCUCACUCCAUUUCUCUCUUGUGCUCUCUCUCUCUCUCGUUACGUCUUUUAAUGCCAAAAAUACAGAGAAAUGAGCAGAAGAGAACAGGGAUAAGGAGAGAACAGGAUAACGGGGGAAUGUUUAAACCAAAAAAUUGACCUACACAGCGUGGAGAGGUGGCUUCGACGGAGCUACUUUGAGAAUGUACACUUAUUCCUUUCCAAAUGGAAAAAGACAAACCUACAUGAACAGAUGAAUUUGAGGGCAGGGUCGAGAGCCAGAAAACUUUGCGAAGAAACAGCAAGGAAAAAGCAAAACGGGUGGCAACGAA